CUACGCGUAGAUACAGACGUGGGCAAUCACCGGCGCUGCCUUCCGCCGCCCGAGCAGCGCCCAGUCCGCACCGUGCUGUGCCCGCCGACGAACGUGCAUGCCAUGCUCGCCCAACCCCGUGCUAUACUCAACUAAACAUCACGCUAACUGUGCUCAACCCAGUGACAUUCUCUCAUGGAGUUCCCGAAGUGUUAAAACCUGUGAUUAAAACUUAUUGUGGAUUUUCAUCCAGGUGAGACAAUCAUGACGCUGGACAAGCAGCUGGUGUGGGCGCGCGACCCCGGCGAGACGUACCUGCUGGGGCGCCUCCAUGAGCUGCUCGGUGAUGAGGCGGCCGUGUUCCCAGUAGACAACAAGUUCCCCAAGAAGGUGUGCAGCUUCGAGGAUAUCUUCCCCGCCGGGGACCCGAACAAGGAUGUCGAUGAUAACUGUGAGCUUAUGUUCCUCAAUGAGGCCACACUCCUCAACAACAUCAUCACAAGAUACAAGAAAGACAAGAUAUACACCUACGUAGCGAAUAUCCUGCUGGCGGUGAACCCCUACAAAGACAUCAAAGAUAUGUAUUCGUCGAGUACUAUCAAGAAGUACCAGGGGAAGUCCCUGGGAGAGCUGCCGCCGCACGUCUUCGCUGUAGCGGACAAGGCGUUUCGCGACAUGAAGUCCCUGAAGCAGUCACAGUCGAUCAUCGUUUCGGGCGAGUCGGGCGCAGGCAAGACAGAGUCUACCAAGUACAUACUCAAGUACCUGUGCGACCUGUGGGCCAGCGGCGCCGGGCCCGUCGAGCAGAAGAUUCUAGAUGCGAACCCGAUCCUGGAGGCGUUCGGCAACGCGAAGACGACGCGCAACAACAACAGCUCGCGCUUCGGCAAGUUCAUGGAGGUGCACUUCAACAGCCAGUGGCAGGUGGUAGGCGGCCACAUCUCCCACUACCUCCUAGAGAAGUCUCGGAUCUGCACCCAGAGCGCAGAAGAACGCAACUACCACGUGUUUUACUUGCUCUGCGCGGGCGCACCGCCGGAGCUGCGAGCCCGACUCAAGAUUACGAAGCCUGAUGACUUCCAGUACCUCAAGAACGGCUGCACGCAAUACUUCACCCGCGCAGAGUCGGCUCACCAGCUGCAGGCUCACCAGCAGAGCCAGCAGCAGCGCGCGCGGGGCGGCCUGCGCGACCCCGUGCUGGACGACGCCGGGGACUUCGCGAGGCUGCACCAGGCAUUAUCCCGUGUCGGCCUCUCCGAAGCAGAAAAAACCUCCGUCUACUCAAUAGUGGCAGCAGUCCUACACCUCGGCAACAUCGAAUUCGAGGAAGACCCGUCUGACACCCGCGGCGGAUGCCAUGUGAAGCCCAGCAGUGAGGGAACUAUGGCCACGGCGGCUGGGUUACUGGGAGUGGAUAGUGGAGAGCUGAGAAUGUCGCUGGUGUCGAGAUUGAUGCAGAGCUCUAGGGGAGGCAUGAAGGGGACUGCUAUUAUGGUGCCGCUAAAGAUGUACGAGGCGUGCAACGCGCGCGACGCGCUCGCCAAGGCGGUGUACAGCCGGCUGUUCGACCACAUCGUGCACCGCAUCAACGCCAGCAUCCCCUUCCAGGCCUCCGCCUACUAUAUAGGAGUGCUGGACAUUGCUGGCUUUGAAUACUUCCAAAUGAACAGCUUCGAGCAGUUCUGCAUCAACUACUGCAACGAGAAGCUGCAGCAGUUCUUCAACGAGCGCAUCCUCAAGAACGAGCAGGAGCUGUACAAGAGGGAGGGGCUGCACGUGCCCGAGAUCCGGUUCACCGACAACCAGGACUGCAUCGACUUAAUUGAAAGCAAAAGUCAUGGCAUCUUCCAACUGCUGGAUGAAGAGUCUAAACUGCCCAAACCUGAGUUUGGACACUUCACUCACUCCGUGCACAAGCAACUCGGCGGAACGAACUCCAGACUGCAGUUACCUCGCGCGUCCCGCCUGAAGGCGCACCGCACUCUCCGCGACGAUGAAGGCUUCUUGCUGCGACACUUUGCCGGCGCCGUCUGCUACAACACUAACCAAUUCAUAGAGAAGAACAACGACGCCCUGCACGCCUCGCUAGAGUUCCUGGUCCAAGAGUCGAGCAGCGCCCUAGUCCAGCAGUUGUUCCAGACGAGUGAUAAUAAUAAUGCCAAGGGGAAGCUCAACUUCAUCUCCGUGGGGUCCAAGUUCCAGACGCAGCUGACGCAGCUCAUGGACAAGUUGAAGCAGAAUGGCACAAACUUCAUCCGCUGCAUCAAGCCCAACUCGCGCAUGGUGGGCGCGUCCCUCGAGCCGGGCCUCGUGCUGACGCAACUGGAAUGUUCUGGAACCAUCGCCGUGCUGGAGCUGAUGGAGCACGGCUACCCGUCGCGCGCGCCCUUCCACGACCUGCACCAGAUGUACAAGUCGUAUCUGCCGCCGAAGCUGCAUAAGUUGAAUGCUAGGACGUUUUGUGAGGCGGUGCUGCACAGCUUCAAGCUCUCCGACAAGGACUAUAAAUUCGGCGUGACGCGAGUCUUCUUCCGUCCGGGAAAGUACUCUGAAUUCGACGCCAUCAUGAGGAGCGAUCCGGAGAGCCUGAAGGCCAUCGUGGACUCCGUGCUCGCCUGGCUGGUCAAGUCCCGGUGGAGGAAGAGCAUCUUUGCUGCGCUUUCUAUUAUUAAAUUAAAGAACAAAAUCCUGUACCGCCGCGAGUGCCUGAUCAAGAUUCAAACGGCGUACCGCGGGUACAGAGUGCGCAAGCAGCACCGGCCGCGGCUGCGAGGCAUCGCCAAGAUACGCGCCUUGGAGAACAAUCUGGGACAGAUGGAGCAGGUCACGGGGCAACUGAAGGAUGGUAGGGAGGCGGCGCAGAAGAAUAUUGUUAAUCUGAGGAACUCUAUUAGGGCUGCUUGCGCUGCUAUUAAGAGUAACGCAAAGAUCAGCCCGCCUGAGAUCGACUCUCUCUUCACGAACUUAACGAAAGACAUCGAAGCCCAAAUGACAUCACUACAGAAAUCUAUGGUCGACCAGAAGAACAGGGAGGAACAAGAGCGUCUGCGUAAGCUGGAGGCGGAGAUGCGCGCGGCGGAGGAGGCCAAGCGGCGCGAGCAGGAGCAGAGGAGACAGGACGAGGAGCACCGCCGACUCAAAGCAGAAAUGGAGGCGCGUCGCAAAGCCGAAGAAGCAGAGCGCUUACAACAGCAAGAGAAAGAACGCCAGCAAGCGCUGCAGCUGCAGGCGCAGCUCGAGGCCGCCGAGCGAGACCAUCAGCAGGACAGGGAGAGGUUAGAACAAGAACGAAGAGAUCACGAAAUGGCUGUGCGCUUGGCUAAAGAGACAAAUGGGCACGUUGAAGGAUCACCGCCCCAGUUACGAAGUUUCCCAACAAUGGACUCAGUGAACGGGGAAAAUAAAUUGAACAGGUCGGAGCGAGUGCGCAUGCAGCAAGCGAUGCAGGGCAAGCAGAAGUACGACCUGUCCAAGUGGAAGUACUCCGAGCUACGGGACACGAUUAAUACGUCGUGUGACAUCGAGCUGUUAGAGGCGUGCCGCCACGAGUUCCACCGGCGGCUGAAGGUGUACCACGCGUGGAAGGCGAAGAACGCGCGCAAGACCACCAUGGCGGACCAGGAGCGCGCGCCGCAGUCCAUCAUGGACGCCGCCAAAGCCCCUCGCAUGACGGCGAAAGGCGACGUCCUCGGCGCGAGGCACCGCUACUUCCGCAUCCCCUUCGUGCGCCCGUCGACCACGGAGCCGGCGGGCCGGCGCGGCUGGUGGUACGCGCACUUCGACGGCCAGUACGUGGCGAGGCAGAUGGAGCUGCACCCCGACAAGACGCCCGUGCUGCUGCAGUCAGGCGUGGACGACAUGCAGAUGUGCGAGCUGAGCUUGGACGAGACGGGGCUGACGCGCAAGCGCGGCGCCGAGAUCCUUGAGCACGAGUUCGAACGCGAGUGGACCGCCCACGGCGGGCCCACCUACGUGCCGCCCGAGCUUAGGAAGCGCUAGAUUCCAGCAGUGAAGCUUUAAUAUCCUUCGACUUGCUAGGUCGUAGUUGAGUAGCAAACGGCAGCCACGUUAUUAUGUAUUAUUCUUAUAGAGUUGAUGAAACAACACCUUUUCCUAGAUUUAUAUUGUAGUUGUGAUGAAAUCGAGAGCUUAAUGUACUGUGCCUUCAAGGGUUCCUGCGAUUUUACAGUGCAAUAAAUUUUAAAUAGUUACACACCUGUAACUAAAUAAUAAUAUUUAUUAAAAUGAAAACCUACAAAAAACAAAAGUUAGGAGUAUUUACAUGCAUAAUAAAAAUAGAUAAUUAUUUUAGUGUAGUUCAAACAAAGCAUGAAAUUUGUAAGUGCUAUACAGAUUUAAUAUAUUUUAUGGGUAUAGAACGAAACGUAGCAAUAACAUGAUGUACAAUAAAAUUAUGUUUCCUGUUUUGUCUAGAGGAAAAAUAUAUUAUUGAUGCAUUAAUAUUCUUAUAUUGAACAUCGAUUUAAAUACAUUUUAGGUACAAAUAAAAGCACAGUGUGAUGAAGUGCUCUUUUCAACACCCACAAUGCUUGUUUAUUCUACAACAUAGUAGAACUUAGAGCAAUUAGAUGAAGUUUUUUUACUGUGAUUAAUGAAGUUGUUAAGGAUUAUU